GGGGGCAGGCGCUUAUAUUAUUUACAUGCUCAAGACUUCUCGAUUCGUUUACAUCAGGAUCUACGUUACCUUUUUCCAAGGUACAAUUUUAUAUUUAGGAAUACCUGUAUCGAUCCCAUCUUGCUUUCUUGCGUCAGAACUUCGAAACAGACGUAAUUCAAGCCAGAGGCCCGUCUCUCAAAGGUCCCGCUAAGUUAACGGGCUCAUAAAGCUAUAUUGUUCUUAGUCAAGAUGAGGGUUUCAAAAGUUUUUAAAAUUAUACAGUAAAACUAUCAGGUCAAGAAACAAAAUGGAAUGGUUAGAGGGCCAGAACCUUCUUCUCUUUUCUUUCUUUUCUUUUCUUUCUCUUUUUGAUUUUUAAACAUAAUAUGCCUUCGGGCCAGUUAAGAGCGAGUGUCACCAAAACAUCUCGUAUCUGACUCUUUCAGAUAAUUGAAACGAUUUAGUUUUCGCGACGGAAAUUCAUUGUGAAUCGUUCUAGCAGCAGAACAUCAUAAAAUUCAGAUGUAAAACUAAAAAUAUAACCUCUUCUUGUCUUUUAUUCGAAGUGACUACAAAAUUGAAUUUGACGAACAAAAUAUGCGUAGUACUUUACUUUUUAUUUACAAGGCCUUAACAUUAAUGCAGUAUGCUUAGAAUUUCCACGCAAACAUUAGCUUUAAAGGUGGUAUACAGGAACAGGAUAUUUGGAUUUUGAGUGGAACCAGCCCAGUUUCUGUCUCACAAAAGUGUACCAGUGCCUAACAGGUACGCUCACUUCAAUCUUCAAUUAUUUAAUAUUGUCGUGCCCUUCUCUCUAAACUUGACAAAUAACCGUAUGUUAAUUUGCUUGAAAUACGCCUCGAUUCCAACUGAAAACGAAUACGGGUAUAAAGGGGUGCUUUGUUUCGAGUAAAGGAAUUAAUUAUUUGCUUUUAAAGCUCCAGCCAUCCACCAGAAGACGGUCACUGAAAAAAAAUUGCCGAUGUAUUGGCAACACUAGCUAAAAUACAAAGUGUACCCUCUUAAUCAGCUAUUUUACUUUGUGCCUGACGACAUAAUGUUGACGUCUAUCAAAAUUGUGUGCAUUUUCUUUCUUCAGAAAUGGACACAAUCACCUUGGAAGCCUGUAAUAUUUCGGCGUAUAACGUAUUUCACUAGAAGUAGACAGAUGAAUGAUUUUUUACUAAAAAUGAGAGUUAGGCUCACCAGGUGGACUUGUAAACUGAUAUUGUGUAAUUUAUCUAGUGGAUUUUGCUGCCUAAUGCCAGGUGGUAUGUCGGGAAUACCAUCUAUUACAGGAAUUUUUACUUUGCUAAAGUGCAACAGCCCAUCAAAAGCAACAUCUCCGAAGGUCGCCUUCAACACCACGAUGAGACAAAUAUAUCUGUUUCUGUUCUCUUUUUUUGCCUUACUUAUCACGUUGGUAGCCCCAAUGGUUAUCGGAAAAGGGCAUCCCGAGAAAAACGAAGAGUCUCCAUUUCCAGAGACAAACAAAACCGCUGCAGAAUCUCAUGAUGAAAAGCAAAACCUUUCAUUGAAUCGUAUCAUGAUCAUCAAGGAAAACUACAGCCACGAGGAAACAAAUUUACCCCAAACCCUUCGAGGAAAAUGUAAGCUAUCUUUAGAUCGACUGAACAUAUCAUGAAAUUAAUAUAGCAUGUGAUCUCAGUAUGGGGUAUAUACUAGUUCUAAAGGGAAAAGGCAUCCAUGUUUAACGUAUUGUAGGAUGGAUAAGAGAGAGUGGUACUCAAGAGCAUUCCGGAUGAAUUGGACUAUCUGCUGAACUUACUUAAAUUGAUUUCAGACCAUUGCUGGAAAGAUAUACUUAAUGUUUUUAAUCAAAGCAAAGAAAGUCUGCAUUGUAAAUGAUGAUUAGUUCUAUCUUUUAUCAGCAUCUCCUGAUACCAACAUUAAAAUUCCUAUCAAAGGAUCCACAGCAAAAACAAAACAUGAUACCACAUCAGAGGACAAAGACCGCGAUUUUGAUGGCUGUCGAAAAGAGGAUAUGAUCGUCCACACAGCAGAGCUUGGCUUGCCAACAAAGUACAUCCAACCUAAGACAAUCAACGCCUAUCAGUGCAAGGGGAAGUGCUCCCCCAAGCAGUGGAGAAAAUACAGCCUUCACUCGCUGCUCAAGGCGUAUUUGGAGGAAAAGAAAGGUAUCAGUGUUGAUAACAAUGCAUGCUGUGUGCCAACUAAGCUUCGACCGAUGUCUCUUAUCUAUUACGACGAAAAGCUUGGCUUUGUGAGGCACAUCCUUGACAAUGCGAUUGUUCAGGAGUGUGGUUGUUACUGAAAGCAUUGCCAAUUAAUUUCCUCGAAAUGGGGGAAUUUAGAGUUUAUUUGUUGAACGAAAUUAUACACAAUCGACCAAGCCGUAGCAUACGGUGCUACGUAGAUUAAGCCCAGAUGCAUUAGUUAGAGUGACAUGUUACGAUUUUGUAGGUUGAUUUUAACAGUUGAGUGAAAAAGGUAAAAUUUUAUUCCUAAGUAUGCUUGUAUCAAUCCCGUCUUGCUUUCUUGCGUCAGAACUUCUAAACAGACGGAAUCCAGGCCAGGGCCCAUUUCUCAAAGGUCCCGCUUACUUAGUUGUUUUGAGUAAAGAUGAGGGUUUUAAAAGUUUUGAAAAUUAUAGGGUAAAAAUAUCAGGUCGAGAAACAAAAUGGACUGGUUAAAGGGCCAGAAUCUUCUCUUUUCUUUAAGUUUUGAUUUUGAAACAUGAUAUGCCUUCGGGCCCGUUAGGUUACCGAAACUUUCGAGAAGCGGGUCCCUGGGCUGCUCUGUAAUCCUCGGUGUUUCCAGAAUUUGAGGAUCUUUUUUUUUUUAUCCGCAAAAAUUUAGAGAGAGCAGUACAUUUUGGUAGAAAUACUUAAAUAUUGACAACAUAAAAGAGCUUGCUACAUUAAUAAAUAUUUUUUUGUGAGUCAGUAAAUAGUUUUGAACCUGUAGUAAAAGUUAAGGGUGUGGUCUUUUCGUCCGCUUGAGAGUAUUAAAGUGGACAGUUCUCACCGAAAGUGAUGCACGUCUCGACAACCUGAACGGAAGCCGUCAUUAGAAUGGAGUUGUUUGAAUUUGACCCGGGAAUCAGGAGUUCCAUGCUACAGACGGCUAAGCAGCCAUUGGUAAUAUUUAAUAUGUAUUCCUACCUGAAGAGCGUUGUGUGAAAGCAAUGAUUUCAGUUAGAUCUAUGAAUGAUUAUCCUAUGAACCGCCCCCAUGAAUUCGCCCAUGGCCGGCUUGUUGUCGUGUUUUCCUCUCUAUGACGUCAUAGGGUAUCAUGCCCUCGAGUGUUCUCAGACCACCUCGGUUGCACGUGAAAAGAGCAUGACUGAUGAUGGCGUAACAUUUAAAGCUUUCAGGUAUCUUACGCUCCUUUACUCUUUGAUAAAACUUAUCGAUAAAUGUUCCAUUUCUUUCUUCAUCUAUUACCUUCGUUGUGCUGUGUUGCAAAUCCCAACCAACUGAUCCCUCCGGAAACAGUUCAUUUCGUUUUUCUCGGCUUCGUCAAGGGUUAGUUUUGUAUCAGUAAAAUCCAUGAUGAUGAAGAAUAACGGAAGCAGAUAUACUGCGGACAAAGAAGCUUGUGUACGAAAACAAAAAUGCAAAACAGACCUUAAGUGCAACAAUAUGAUUGGUCAUGGUUUCUACAUUUGGGAUUGAUAUUUACUGUUAGGAAGCGAUGGUUUACGUUAAACAUGUAGCCCAUGAAGCAAUGUCCUUUGUAUAGAACAUUUCUGGAAUCAAAGAGGCAUUAAACAAAACGAGUUGAUUACAUUCGAGUGGAGUCUUGCAUUUUCUUGAAACGUCUCCUUCACUGAUCAAGAUUACUCUUUUCAUAAAAAAUUAAUAUACUGUAGCUUAGGCGCGCUGACAGUGAUAAAGUAGCGAUAAAUCUAAAUGAAUUAAUUUCAAAGAUGUAAAACUGGCGACCGAAUGUUUUGUACUGCGACACGUCCUAUUUUUAUAUUCCUCGUAAUUGUAAUACUGACGGCCACCCAUGUGUCAGCCGCCGUACUCAAUCAUAGGGAAUUGCAGGGAUACUCAUGAGGGAUUAUAUUUAAUGAGGACAUAUCUUAAACAUUCCUUCCACCCUUCUACAAUCUCUUAGCUAUCAAAGGAAGUCUAUCUCACGUUCAUUACAUAAGGUACUCAAUGGCAUAUCAAUGGCCACGUUCAAUCGACAUUACAGCGGCUUAUGCUAUUUUGCGAAACGAAACGAAACCAGGCGAGAUACAACGGAACUAAAGGAAUAAUGCAGUUAUAUUAAAGAUAUAAGUAAUCUUCAGUCGAUAAGGAGGAUUUUUAUUUAUUUCGCAAAUUAGUAAUUUCAGAAGAGUCACUAUUAUGCGAAAUCGACUAUUUUCAACCUGUGGUGACAACUUGACC